AUGAUCCAGGAGGUCAUCUAUGGGUUGGCCGGCUACGCCGGAGGCCUCGUCCGAGAGACGGAGACCGGCUUCGUGAUCGGCAGUGAGGACCGUCUGACACUGUCGGAGAGACAGCUCCUGGAGCGUGCGCUCGAAGCUGGCUUUCUCUGCAAAAAGCUGAGCGACUUUGCGGCUUCCACGCGCAGCCGACACUUCACAGGCCUCGCGGCUACAUCUGCAGAGAUCGACGAGAAAGGCUCCACUGCUUCCAAACCGGGCCAUUACAUGUAUGGACUUGUCCUCAGUAUCGAGCGCGCUCUUGAUGAUUACCGCGGCAAGGUCCUGGACCUCGAAGCGCAGGUGAAACUGGAGCCGUCCCUGCCGCUGGCAUACAUCGCACAGUCUGUGGACGGUGACUGCCGAGUUCUUCGCAUGCUGCAUCGCAUUGUCACACAAGUGGCCGCUAGGCCAUUCCGUGGUGGAGCCUUGUUGGAUGUGAUCUGGAAAGCCGCAUCUCAUCACAUGGGUAGUGGCGAUCUCCACCGGUGCCUUUGGUCGGCGGUUUGCAGUGUGGGCAACGUGCUUGCGAACCAGCUGGUCGCAUGGAUGGUCUACGGCAGAUUGUCGGACCCCGAUGGCGAAUUCUUUGUGCGGCGUGUCGGGGGCAGGCAGACCUACCAACCUGGUGCUGCCUUGUAUGGUGAAGUAGAGGAUUUAUCGCAGCCCAUGACGGCUGUUGCUGCGCAGCGUGAGUGGCAAAGUCUAUUCGAGCUGCGACCCGAAUCUAUUCCCAAGAACAUCGUCACCAUGGAGACCGCAAAGAAGGUACUGUUCGCUGGCAAAGCAGUGCGUGUACUGCUCCGAGGCAAUCGCUGGCUGAGGCGGACGGAUGACAGCUGGGAGAGCUCCCUGCAAGGAAAUCUCGACCCCACCACACUGCAGAACGAGGUUGACUUCCUCCGUGGCUGCUUUAUGUCCAAGAGCCCGGCCAUUGUUGUGGAACAGAGUGUGGAUCGGAUCCGCCACGGGGUUGCCAUCCAGCUUCGCAACUUCAUCGUCGACGAGGCCGAGAUUUGUCAGCACCUCGCAGCCAUGAAGGGCUUCUUUCUGCUGGGCUAUGGCGCCUUCUACCAAACCUUCCUCGACUCCGCACGAAAGCUUCUGCAGGGGCGACCCCCGUGGAACGCCGAGAGGGAGCUGCAAGCAGGCCCCUGGGCUGCGGCGAUGUCUGAGCAUGAGGGCCCCGAUGCCCAAGGCCCUGGCAGCGUCCCGCCCACCCCAGCCGCCUCCUCUCGACGCCUGCCGUUGGAGCGACGUGCCGCGUCGAAGUUCCAGCUCAGCUUCGUGCCGCGACGCGUGGAGCUGCCGAACUUCACGGAUGCGGGGCGGAGAGUACGACUCGUGGGUCAGGCCCACAUGGAAGGUGGCUCUGCCACCUUGGGCUCCGAGGGGGCGGGCGGAACACCUGCACUGCCUCCUGCGAUGAUGUGGUUGGCGACCAAAGUCUGUCUGUCAACCAGCUUUCAGCAUUCUUUUAGUUUUCAACUCACCAGUCCACCACCCCCUGGCGCUUCGCCCUUGGUUGCGACGGCGCUGCCGGAGUACGGCGGACGCUUCGCACUUUGCUUUCAACCGCGCUGGACCCCUGCCGAGCUUGAGAAGUCCAGGCAUGCCGAGGCCGAAUUAGAUGGGCAGACUCUGCCGGGGCAUCCUUCUCUCUGGACCUCCUUGGGAGAAUGCUUGGCUUUGGAGGUCGAGUACCGCGUGCUGCCACAUCGUGCUUCCUCUUCUCCGGUUUCCGAGGUGUCGCUGUCUCUGUACCUUCGGCCGCCCGCCGAAUGCCGUGGCCGCCAUGCCCGCCUGCAGCGCCUCGGCAGUACCACUCUGAGGAUAGCUGAGGUGCGACAGAUGAUCCAUUUGGUACGCCUUUGGCACAACCCAAACGAGAAGCGGCUGCAGGUCUUCUUCGGAGCGGACGCGGUUGCACCGGCUCUCGAGCUCGACUUCGACAUGUCAGCGAGUCUUGCAUUGGAGAUGGGCCAUGCCUUUGCUGGCCUCGCUCUGUUGCCCCUGGAUUUCCAGCAUGAUGUAGAGAGUCGGGACAAGAAAUCGGUCCAGUAUGAGACGAGCUACUCGUCCCGUGACCGGCCCGUUCUCUUCGCCUCCUGGAAUCAUUCGCAGACUUCCCCAAGCUCCGAGUUGACCUCACGGAUGCUGGAGGAAUUGGCCGCGGCUAGCAGUCAGUGGUUCGUGAACUUACAUCUGACGUACGAAGCCGUCUGGCCUUUGCCACUCGUCUUCACACAGCGCUGCCUGGAGCGCUACAACCACUUCUUCCGGAUCCUGUUGGCUUUCCGCCACGCCCACUUGGAGCUGCAGCGCUGCGAGCUCCCGCGUGGCAAUGUGCUGGCCUGGGCUCUGAAGAGUCAGCUCUCUUUCUUCGUGUCCCAGGUCCUACAGUUCUUCCAGCAGGAUGUAAUUGAGGCCUCGUUCCGGACCCUUCUGCGAACCAUCCGCGAGUCCACUGUCUUCGACGAAGUCGUUGCGGCUCACGAAGAGUUCCUCUCGGCGCUGACGGUGCACUUCUUCCUCCAGGCUCCAGACCUGCAUCACGAGCUGAUGUCGGCUCUCCGGAUCGUCACAUUAUUCAGCCAAACCGCUUUGCUGCAGACCUACCGGAGCCCGCAGGCCACUACCGGUCUGAAGGACAUCGACCUACGGCGCUUGCAGGCGGACUUCAUGGCAACCGUCCGGUCGGUGAUCCGCAUGAUGGCGACCCUGAAUCGCGAGGGUGUCGGCAUGCAUGCUCACCUCGUGCAGCUUCUGCUACGACUCGACUACAACAACUACUUCUCCGGCACGGAGGCUGUCUGA